AUGACGCCCGGCCCAGGUAGGAACCUGGAAAAACCCUCGGUCAUGUUGACGCGAGCAAAGGUCCCGGCCUCCCUUGCCGGCCGCAAGGCAGGUAGGAGUAUGGAGGAAAAACCAUCGGGUAAGCGCAGGGCGAGUGCCACCCCGGAAGAACCCCGCCCAGAAGACCAGAAAAGCAAGAAGGUGGAAGCCAAUGAAACGCCGGCAAUUCAGCCAACGCGCACCGUUUCGGAGAUGGUGAAACGCGCCACCGAAAUCGAGAAGAAGAUGCUGGCCUUCUGCCUCGACCCGGCAAAGAAGGUCGGGAAAGAGAACGCCGCAACGGUGAUGGAGAGCUUCCUCGAAAUGCGCAAGAUCGUGGAUGCCCUCACACUGAAGAAUAGCUUCCUCUGCGGCAAACUGGAAGAGAGACUCUCGUCGUCAGACGAAGCGAAGGCAGCACUAACCGGCGCCGCCUCCAGGACAAUGGAAGCGACAAAGCGCCUCGAAUCCGCGGCUAAGGGAGCCACAGCCUCGGCCGCCGGGAGCGGACAAAUAUCUUACGCCGACAAACUGAAAGUGUCGAGCAGAGUUCUGCCGAAAUCAGCAAUAAUGCCACCGAAGGACGUGGUAAUUAUAACGCCGUCUUUGGAGGAUACCGAUAUCAGGACGAGCGAGGAAGCUCGCGAAGCGGUCUUCACCUUGGUCAACUCAAAGAAGAGGGGCAUAAAGGUGAAGUCAGUACGCCGCGCACAAGGCAAUGGCAUAGCGGUAGAAACGACUACCGCAGAAGGUCUCAGAGCGUUCACGGAGAACGCUAAAUUGAAGGUUAUUGGCCUGAAGGCGAGGACGCCAACCAGAAGCAGACAGAGGAUGAUCAUAUACGACAUCCCAAGAGAACUGACGGAAAAGGAGAUCCGCGCUUGCUUGAGGAAGCAAAAUAAGGAAAAGCUGGGCGACGCGGAUGUGCAAGACAUAAAAUUCUGCUUCCGUACAGGGAGAAAGGAUAGCGACGAGACAUACUGGGUCGUAGAGGUCAGCCCUCAAAUACGAAGCAAAGUGAUAUCCGGGAAAUUUUUCAUAUCCUGGAAUGCAUGUAAAGUCCGGGACUUCAUUGCCGUCAGCCGCUGCUACAAGUGUGAAGGCUUCGGGCACGUGGCCAAGCACUCUAGACAGAAGCACGAUACCUGCGGUCACUGUGCCGAAACCGGGCACGACACAAAAGCUUGCCCAACAAAGAAGAAUAACGCAGUCUGUGUAAAUUGCAAGAGGAGCGGCAAGAAGAGCGAUCACGCAGCCUCUAGCGUGAAUUGCCCGUCCUAUAAAGCUGCACUGGAGAGGACAGUCGAAAGAACCGUCUAUGGAUAA